AUGCGAUUUACACAAGCCGCGCAGAUCCUCCUGGGCCUCCCACUACUAUGUGUCGCGGCUCCGGCCAGCGGCAAAUGGUUCGAGGAAAUCCUAUGCCGCGUUGAUGCAGACUGCAGGCCCAAGAUGGUCUGCACCAUCAUCUGGCCCGCAAUUGGCAUGGGUACAUGCAUGACCAAGAGGGAGAAGAAGGGCUUCGAGGACAUUAAAACCCUAAUCGAAGCUGGCAUGCCGGCACUGAGUCCAGUCCCCGUUCCUUCCAAGGCUCCUGCUGCUGCUCCUGUCCCUGCGGUUGCUCCUGCGGCUGCCCCUGCUGCUGCCCCUGCUGCUGCCCCUGCGGCUGUUCCUGCGGCUGCCCCUGCUAUUGCUCAUGCUGCUGCCCCUGCUGUUGAUCCUAAUGCCCUUGCCAACCUUAUUAAUAGAACGCUGGAGGAGCUUAUGGCACAGAAGAAAGGCAAAAAGGACAAAAAAAAGAAGCCCAAGGGCAAAAUUACGUAUGAGGAGUAUCAAGAGAACAAGUGGAAGGGGAAGAAGGAGCAGGCAAAGGAGCUUGAUGAAAAGGCAGACAAGAGGAAGGAAGAGGAAGCGUUACUAGAAGCAAAGGAACGGCAAAUAAAGCUCGAGCGAGAGGGGACAAGGGAAGAGGGAGAGAAGAUUGAAGCAGAGGAAGAGCAGCCGACCAAAGAGGAAGAGCAGCUGACCAAAGAGGAAGAGCAGCCGUCCAAAGAGGAAGAGCAGCCGUCCAAAGAGGAAGAGCAGCCGUCCAAAGAGGAAGAGCAGCUGACCAAAGAGGAAGAGAAGAAGAAGGAUAAGGAAGAGAAGGUGGACCUUGCGCCAAAGAACAGGAAGGGAAAGAAGAAGAAGGGCAAGGGAAAGAAGAAGAGCAACGAUUAA